ACGAUCAAAGACCACUUAUUAAGUAAGAAGCAGAAAAUCAAAGUAAAACUCAAGAAUUCAAACCUCAAACCCUCUUAUAAAGAGUAGUACCUUCGAAAAAUUCAGUCAUGGAUUCUUCAUUCUUAUAUUACUCUUUGAACACAGAAAAUCAGCUUCCGCCAUUCCCAAUGCAUCAUUCACAAGCCCAACAUCUUCCUUUCAAUGAGAAUGACUCCGAAGAGAUGGUGCUCUAUGGAGUAUUAGCAGAAGCCGGGGGUGUCGAUUCCUCAUCGGAAAGAACUAAUCAAAUGCAGUACUCGCCGGAGAAGGAAGUAAUGUACAGAGGUGUACGCCGGAGACCAUGGGGAAAGUACGCCGCUGAGAUAAGGGAUUCUACGAGGAAUAGCGAGAGAGUUUGGUUGGGAACUUUUGAUACUGCAGAAGCAGCAGCCUUGGCUUAUGAUCAAGCGGCAUUAGCCAUGCGAGGGUCGACUGCGGUGCUCAACUUUUCGACCGACGUUGUUUACGAAUCUCUGAAAGAGAUGAAGUAUGAUUUCGAGGUCGGACGUUCGCCGGUGUUGGCGUUGAAGAAAAGACACUCCAUGAAGAGGAAAGCAGUGAGUAACAAGAAGAAGAAAGAGAAGGAGCCAAGGCUGGAAAACUUCGUGGUUUUGGAGGACUUGGGUUCUGAAUAUUUGGAGGAACUACUUUGUUUGUCCGAGAACUCUUUUGCAACCAUACGUUCGAUUGGUUCGCUGGAGUAGAUUAACGAGUCUAAAAUUAAAUGAUAAGACGUUUCUAUUGACUUGUGAAAAGUCAAAGAAUAUGUAGCGUACAUUAGAAUGAAGUUGAUCGAUUAGAAAUAUGCAAUACAAUGUCGAUUAUGCGGUGUGUUCUAUCUAA